UUUCUUUCAGGAAAGAAAAAUCUAGUUUUACUAGAUUUAUUUUCUUAUUUUGAUUUUGAUUUUCUUAUUUCUGAUUUUCUUUAUCAUAGUUGCCAGCGAACAUACUAAAAUGUGUUUUUUAUUAGAAAUUGCUGAUGCUGUUCAGUCUCUGUGUGCCAGUGCAUCGCUCGCGCGGCUGGGGCGUGGCCAAGAGCUGUAAUGUACAGCUAGAGCUCUGACUGUUUUCCGCGAGCUGCUUGAAAAGCCAUGUGUUGCGCUCACCGUGCGUCACAUUACUUCCCUACCGCUUCUGCAACAUGUACCUUAGGACACAAAUGCAAGCCAGUUUAAAGAGGAACGUCACACAAUAAAAACAUCUCUGAAAUAAGGAUGGUCGUGUUGGCAAAUCACAGACUUUGGAAAUCCGUGGAUUAUUGCAAAUUGGAUCUUUUACCAGUGGACAAGCAACACAGAGUGACAGACUCAUGACAUCCUAACUAGCCUACUAUCUAAAGGUGUUUCACUUUGAAGUGUGCAGCAAUGGCUUCGCUGUACAUCGCUAUUGAGCUGGUGAUCGCCGUAGUGUCAAUCGCUGGUAAUGUGCUGGUGUGCUGGGCUGUGACCAUCAACUCCACUCUCAAGAAUGCAACCAAUUACUUUCUUGUGUCAUUAGCCGUGGCAGAUAUUCUAGUUGGCUGUCUUGCCAUACCUUUUGCCAUCACUAUAAGCAUUGGUCUGCGCUCAGACUUUUAUGGGUGUCUUUUUCUGGCGUGUUUUGUUCUGGUAUUGACUCAAAGUUCAAUAUUUAGUCUUCUGGCGGUUGCCAUCGACAGAUAUCUGGCUGUAAAAAUCCCCUUGAGGUAUAAGGAGCUUGUCACAGGGAAAAGGGCAAGAGAGAUCAUUGCCAUUUUAUGGAUCUUAUCCUUUAUCAUUGGACUCAUUCCAUUUGUUGGCUGGAACCGUAAAGACUUGUCCUGUUCCAGAAAUGAAAGCGCCUCUAUACAGACUGGCAACAGCAGUGAUGCUGCUGACAUGGAAACAGGCUUCCUGCAAAGCUGCUGCCUCGAGUGCUUCUUCGAGAACGUGGUGGACAUGAGCUACAUGGUGUACUUCAAUUUCUUUGGUUGCGUACUGCCGCCUCUGCUCAUCAUGCUGGGCAUUUACAUUAAGAUCUUCACAGUAGCACGUAAACAGCUACGUCAGAUUGAGCUCAAAUGCAGUGUGAGUAAUGGCGAGAAUCACCACCAUGGCCUGCUGCAAAGGGAAAUACGUGCCGCUAAAUCGCUCUCCAUCAUCGUGGGCCUGUUCGCUCUCUGUUGGCUGCCUGUGCACAUCUUGAAUUGCCUCACUCUCUUCUACAGCAAGCUGGAGAAACCCAGUUUCAUCAUGCACAUUGCCAUCAUCCUCUCACACACCAACUCCGCCGUCAAUCCCAUUAUCUACGCCUACCGUAUUCGGGAGUUCAGAGUGACUUUUAGGAAGAUUCUGAACCGGCAUUUCCUUUGUCGACGAGACGAGUUGUAUCACAGCUCCAGUGGAAGUAGCAGUCACAGAGACCAGAUUACAAUGACCAUUGACCCUCUACUAUAGACGUCUUUGUAAAAAUAUUUGAGAGAAAUGUUUACAGGCCAAUGAACUGCAAACAACAUAAUCAUGUAUUAAGAUGAUAUCUAGUGUGGUCCACUAUUCGUGAAAACCUUCUUUUAUAUUGUGGACACCUUCUAACAUUUUCAGGAUUAAACUGUGAAAAAAACCCUCUAUCACUACACAUCUGUGGAAAUAUUUAUAGAUUGCAUUUCCAAGCACUAAUAAUCUUGAGAAGUGGCCUUAGGUCAAGCUUUAGCACAUGAAUUAAAGCUAAGAGCCGUCAGUGUGUCUCUGGAAAUGCUGAACGAUGAACUGAACCACGUAUGAGAAACCUACAUGAAGAUCCUGUAGAACAAUAAAAUAGUAAUCUUGGGCAGCUUUAGUUAAAUCUUCAAUGAUCACUCAUCUGUAGAACAGACCAGAGGAACAAUCUGAAAUUAUAAGUCACAUCAGAUGAAUACACCACUGUGGAACAGGGUAUACAAAGAAACUGUUUCUGGGUGCUUGACUGUAUUAGGACUUCUUAAGUUUUAUUUUCUUUAUUAUUUAUUUAUUUUUAAAUGAUUGAGAUGAUUGUUGUAGACUGCUCAGGAACACACAUGAUGUAAAGGCAAAUAUAUGAACCCAUAACAGAAAGAAAAUCAAUCAUAAAACCAUGUACAUAGCCAAUGAUAAAAAAAACAAAAAAACAACAACCCACUUUUAGUCUUUUCAUCAUUUAAAGGGCAUGUUUUCUAAGGUGUUGCAGUAUAGCAGUACUGGCCAAUCCACAGCUAACUUCAGUCUCAUAUCUGAAAACAAAAUGACUCCCACAGAUAUCUUGAUACACAUACUGUACAUUGACCCCAAUAGUAUUUGGAUCGGCACACCUCAAAAUUUAUUGGAUUUCCAAACAAAAAGUGUCAUAAUACUCAUUAUCUGAAUUUUUAUGUAAUAUUGUUUUAUAAUAUAAAAACUAAUAAACAUAGCUAUAUUCUUUCAAAUAAAUGCCACUUUGAAGGAGGCCCUUUUAUACCCAGUAACUACAUGACCAUUAUGCUCAUACACAAAUUUAGACCAUCACAUCUACACAAAGGGGUCAAAAAUCUGAGACAACUAUUUAAAAUACUGUAUUUUGCUUUUUUUGUAUCUUAAAGAGGUCAUGACAUGGAUUUUUUUUAUUUUAUUUUGAUGUUUCUUGAUGUCCACUUCUAAUGUUAAAGUUUGUUGCACACACACACGAAAAUUAUAUAUAUAUAUAUAUUAUAUUUUUUGAUAUAGGGUCUAACAUACAUGUUGUUGAUUUUGAUGAUUUAACAAGUUUAGACAAUUCUUCCUCUCCUAUAGCAGUGAAUGAAUGGAAUGUUUCUUCAGGGAAACUACAAUGCACUGUCUGAUGCGAUACUGUAGUAGAUGGUUGCAUGGUUAUAAUUUUCUCUCUAAUAUUAUCAAUCUUUCAAGUAAAGAAGUUCAUAAAGUCAUGUGCUCCGUUCCGUGCCUGGGCGCGGUUCGUUUAGCCGGCCCUGGCCCACUUGGAAGAGGUGGGCUAGAGCGCGGUUCAGUUGGGCUCAAGACAACCGUAACAUCUGUUUAACUUAUAACAUGAAAGUAAGGUUAAUAAUAUAACUUAGAUUACACAUUUUUCUGUUUUACUCAAAUUAGGGUGAUGCAAAAAUGAGUACACC